CAUGGCGCUGGCGAGGUGGGAACGCCAACUACGGAAAGAGCAAAUCUCGUAAAGACAUUAAAACGCUAGAAAAGAGUCCACGGAUUAAUAUUUUCAUACUUUAGAAGGCGGUCCAGAUUCGGAUAAACAGUGCUUAACAAGAUGAUGUCUGAUGCCAGUGACAUGUUGGCAGCAGCCUUGGAGCAAAUGGAUGGUAUUAUAGCAGGCUCCAAGGCUCUGGACUACUCCAAUGGCAUCUUUGAUUGUCAGUCCCCAACAUCACCCUUCAUGGGCAGUUUGCGAGCCCUGAACUUACUGGAGGACCUCAGGGGUGUUCUGGAGCUUAUGGACGCUGAGGAGAGAGAGAGCUUGCGUUGUCAGAUCCCAGACUGUACUGCAGACAGUCUGGUGGAGUGGCUGCAUGGUCACCUGUCAAAUGGACACAUUUCAAUCACCGGUGAUGUUUACCAGGACAGACUUAAUCGUCUUGAAAGUGAUAAAGAAUCCCUUGUGCUUCAGGUGAGUGUUUUGACGGAUCAAGUGGAGGCGCAAGGAGAAAAGAUAAGGGACCUAGACCUGUGCCUUGAUGAACACCGUGAGAAACUAAAUGCCACAGAAGAAAUGUUACAACAGGAACUCCUCUGCAGAUCAGCCCUUGAGACUCAGAAGCUGGAGCUUAUGGCAGAGGUUUCCAACUUAAAACUGAAGUUAACAGCAAUGGAGAAAGAGAGACUCGAUUUUGAUGACAGAUUUGGAGAUAGUGAGGGUUUGAUUUUGGAGAUUAAUGAACUGAGAUACCGUAUUUCUGAGAUGGAGAGUGAACGGUUACAGUAUGAAAAGAAAUUGAAAUCCACUAAGUCGCUAAUGGCAAAGCUCUCUAGCCUGAAACUCAAAAUGGGCCAGAUGCAGUAUGAGAAACAGAGGAAGGAACAAAAAAUCCAGGCACUCAAGGAGGAGCUGGUUACGUUGAGAAGGCAGCUGGAUGGCAGAGAUGGUGAUCUGAGGAGGCUGCAGGAUGAGAUGGGGUCCAGAUCCCCAACGCCUGCAGGCCUAGACAGCACAGAGAGAGUUUUCCAUACUGCGGAAACAUUAAAAAAGAGGCUCAAAGAGAAACAUAUGGAAGUACAGAAGAUGAAGAAAGCAAUGGAGUCAUUGAUGGCGGCAAAUGAGGAAAAGGAUCGCAAGAUUGAAGAGUUGCGACAGUCACUCAUGCGUUACAAGAAAGUACAAGAGAUGGUCAUGUCAGCACAAGGGAGAAACGAUAAGGUCAAAGAAGGAGACAGUGAUGGGAGCAAUAGCGACAGCUCCCUCUCCAUGUCCACCGCCCUCUCUGUUUCCAUGGACACGGAGAAGUCUCUGUUCUCUUACACAGAGGAAGUUGCUGUGAGGGGUCAAAAUGAGACGACUACAUUUGUCAGUACACUCCAAGUGCCAUCGCUCACAGUCUCAUCCCCAGACAAAGCAGACAGUGAUUCAGUCCUGGAACAAAUGCAGUUAUCAAGUGAGAAAGAGUGUCAGGAGCCAACUCAAUCACUGGAGACCCCAUUAGAUGAGAGUCCCAAAGCUUCAGAGGACACAAAAUCAGCAAGCCAGGGCAACCUUGAUGGAAGAGGCAGUGAAAAGAGCAAAGCAUUUGAUGAGUUCAACAAGAUCACAACUCUACCACCCAAAUCCCCAAGCUCUUCUCAUACUGCUGAGGAUGACAGCUUCGGUACCAGGAAAAUGAGAUCUUCCUUUGGACGGGGAUUCUUUAAGAUCAAGGGAGGGAAAAGGACUGCUAGUGCCCCUAAUUUAGGUAUGACUUCUAUCUUACUUCUAGAUCAAUAUGCCCAUGGUCAAUUACAGUUUCACAGUGAUAAAGACUUUUUAGUCAGAGCCACAGCUGGGCCCAGGCUGGGCUGGUCAUGUGACCUGCAGAACACCAACAGUGAGCUGGACGCUCCGUUUGCACGCUGGUCCCGGGAGCAGGUGUGUGAUUGGAUGCAGGAGCAGGGACUGGGGUUGUAUGUGAGUUUGGCAAGGCAGUGGGUCGCCUCCGGCCAGACGCUCCUGCAGGCAUCCCAGCAGGAUCUGGAAAGAGAGCUGGGAAUAAAACACCCUCUACACAGGAAGAAACUCCAGCUGGCCCUGCAGGCGUUGGGCUCAGAGGAAGAUGACAACAAAGGCAAACUAGACUACCACUGGGUGACAAGGUGGCUUGAUGAUAUCGGCCUCCCACAAUACAAGACUCAGUUUGACGAGGGACGUGUGGAUGGACGGAUGCUUCACUAUAUGACUGUGGAUGACCUAUUAUCUCUGAAAGUGGGCAGUGUUCUUCAUCACCUCAGUAUUAAGAGAGCCAUCCAGGUGCUCCGGCUCAACAACUAUGACCCCAACUGUCUGCGGCGAAGACCUUCAGAUGAGAACAACAUAAGUCCUGCUGAGAUCUCUCAAUGGACCAACCACCGUGUGAUGGAGUGGCUGCGGUCCGUCGAUCUGGCUGAAUACGCACCCAACCUGAGGGGCAGUGGAGUACAUGGAGGACUGAUGGUGCUGGAACCUCGUUUUAAUGUGGAGACGAUGGCUCUGCUGCUAAAUAUUCCCGCAAACAAGACUCUUCUGCGGAGGCAUCUGGCCACUCACUUCAACCUGCUGGUGGGUUCUGAGGCCCAGCAACUCAAGCAGGAGUGUCUAGAGAACCCAGACUACACCUUACUCACCGCCACAGCUAAAGUCAAGCCGCACAAGUUGGCGUUUGGAGGGUUUGGUAGGAAGAAGAAACAAGAGGACAGUGAAGAGUAUGUCUGUCCCAUGGAUGUGGAGAUGCCCAAAGGACGCAGCUUCCAGAAAGGCUACAGAGGCAUGGAGCUCCAGAUCUAUGAUGAUGACCUAGACCGAUUCGACCAGAUGGAGGACUCUGAAGGGACUGUGAGGCAGAUUGGCGUUUUCUCCGAGGGCAUCAACAACUUAACGAGUAUGCUGAAGGAGGACGAGUUCUUCAAGGAGAUCUCCACGUCGUUCCCCAAUGCCAGUGUGAAGGAUGAUGACUCCAACGUGUGAGGGCACUGCGGGGACACUCUCGCCCCUAGUGCUGCUGCUUUAAUCGGAAGUGACUGUGCCAGUCCCUCUGCCAACACCUCCACACACGCACCUCCAUCUGAAUGCCAAAUAUAUCAAUCAGAACCAAGUGUCAACUCAUAGAAACACCAUUUUAACGCAUUUCAAUUGCCUUUUAACAACAGUGUGUUUAAUAAUUUAUGUCUCAUAAAGGUAGAUGGAAGAAUGUCUGCCCCUGUGUGUGUGUGUGUGUGUGUGUGUUUUUAAGAUUGUUAGUGGUCGUUUUUGUUUCUUGUGGAUCGAUGUGAUAUGAUUUUUAACUAAAAUAAAUAGCAGUCCUACUGUAAUUUGCUGGUCAUUGGAGAGAUACAGUAUGCAUUCUUUUUCAUCUGCCUGCCUAAAUCUGUGACAGAUUUUCAGUUUGUGCCGGUUAUUAUGGUGGCAGAAGAGCACAAGGACACUUUCAGGUAAAAUUAAAGAUAUAUUUUAUUAAAUUGUUGAUAAAUUAAAGUUGUACACUGCCAAUAAUUAAAUUAGCAAUAAUCAUCAAUAUUUUUGAAUGAUCGAUCCAGGUGCAGUCUUAAAGUCUAGAUGUUUGAGGGUUUUUUUGUAUUUUGACCUGUACAUUUUGGUUUAUCAAGCCAAUACAUGCAUUGAUACUGCAUAUGCUUUGUGCAUUUGCAUGCAGAACUCUGUACAAUAUAUUUUACAUCUGGUUUGUAAAGGAUUGCAUGUUAUUUAAGCCUCAUUUGGAUAUAAUAUUAGCAAAAUAUUGUUACUUUAAAGAAAGUUCAUUGUGAAUUAUUUUUCUUCUGCUGCUGCAGUACUUAAAGGAUAGCAAUAAUGUUCUCAUUUAUGGAAAUGCUAUCAUGUAGCAUGAAUCUUUAAUGCAAUACUGGCAUGUCCACAAAAUUGUAAGCAGCUGAAAAAUAUAUUGAAAAUAUAGUGCCACUCGUAACCAUUUCAGCGUUACAUGUUUGUACUUUGUUGACUUUUUACUCAUUUUUAAAGGUGAAUAAAAUACUGAAAGCA